AUUACAUACAAAAGGUUCUAAGAGAAAAAUUGAUUCGUCUGCGUUCAGUUUCAUUCGGUGUUCGGUUAUCAUAGGACGUUUCAACGUAAAAGUUCCAGCUGCAAACCUAAAGAAGAGUGAAACAAAUUGAAUUUAAAAAGGAUUUCUAUGAAUUCAAGUGAAAACAAAAAAAUCAGUGAUAUUUGUACCAGUGGAAUAUAAUAAUUCUAUAUAAAAUAUUUGAAAAUAAAUAAAAAAUAUAAUUAAAACGUUAUUAACUUAAAUACGUUGCAUUUAUCUAAUAGUGUUUACUCUAAUAAUUAUUUUAGUGUUACAUUUUAGAAAAUAAAUAUUUUGAAUACCUGCAUCACAUUAAUCGUGAAUAAUAAUAAAUUUUAUAAAAAAAUAAGAAAACAAAAAAAAUAAAUAGUUUUGCAUUAGGGUUGUUCUUUUCAUAUAAUGGCCCCUACAAUUACUAACAAUUCUGAAUCAGGAUAUGAAUUUCUUGAAAGUGGCAAUAGUAGUGAAAACCGUGAAAGUUUAUUAAAUCAAAGUGAAAUUGAUUUAGAAGAAUCAUCAACAACCACAACACAAGAACAACAACAACAAUUAGCAGAAGAAUCACAAAAUGAUGAUGCCACCGAUAACAAAAACAAACAAAUGCCAUGGGAAGGACCUAAGGCUCAGGGAUUGUAUGAUCCACAGAAUGAGCAUGAAGCUUGUGGAGUUGGCUUCAUUGUCGCUAUUGACGGGAAGCGUUCUCACAAGAUUCUUCGUGAUGCCCAGACCUUGUCAGAACGGAUGAAGCAUCGUGGUGCCUGCGCCUGUGACAAUGACACUGGUGAUGGCGCUGGCGUUAUGGCUUCGAUUCCCCAUGGGUUGUAUGUUAAAGCAUUAGAAUCGCAGGGGGUAACCUUGCCUCCAUUUGGAAAGUAUGCUACUGGAAUAUUUUAUUUGGAUGAAAAGACACAAGCUGAUGCCGAAAAAGAGUUCAAUGAACUUGCCGAGGGACUUGGACUUAAGAUGUUGGCAUGGCGAACAGUUCCCACCAAUCAAGGGGCUAUUGGGGUUGUUGCACGUAAUAGUGAGCCGGUUUCUCGUCAGGUAUUUGUUACCUGUACAGAUUUGGAUGAGGAAAGACUUGCUCGCCAGGUGUUUUUCUUGCGGAAGCAAGCCAGUCACCUCCUGGCCAAGCCUGGUCGUCGAUUCUAUAUUUGUUCUCUGUCUACUAGGACCAUUGUGUACAAGGGAUUGUUCACUUCGGAUCAAUUAUGGGAUUAUUAUACUGAUCUUAAGAAUCCCGAAUUUGAAACAUAUUUGGCAUUGGUUCAUACUCGAUUCAGUACCAAUACGUUUCCAUCGUGGGAGCGAGCACAUCCACUGCGUGUGCUGGCCCAUAAUGGAGAGAUUAACACUUUGCGGGGCAAUGUGAAUCUGAUGAAAGCCCGUGAAGGUGUAAUGGAGAGCCAAAUGUUCGGGGAUGACAUCAAAAAGCUCUUCCCCGUUGUUGAGCCAAAUCUUUCUGAUUCGGGAUCUUUUGAUUGUGUUUUGGAAUUCUUAACAAUGGCCGGAGAGCGUUCAUUGCCAGAGGCUGUUAUGACCAUGGUUCCAGAAGCUUGGCAAAAUGACAAAACUAUGCCUCAGGAGAAACGUGAUUUCUAUCAAUGGGCUGCUUGUGUUAUGGAACCUUGGGAUGGUCCAGCAUUGAUUUCAUUUACCGAUGGUCGGUACAUUGGAGCCGUAUUGGAUAGAAAUGGAUUGCGUCCAUCAAGAUUUUACAUUACCAAAGAAAAUGUUCUUGUUAUGGCAUCAGAAGUUGGUGUCUAUGAUAUUGAUCCAUCACAAGUUACAUUGAAGAGUCGCUUGAAGCCAGGUCGUAUGUUGUUGGUUGAUACUCAGGAGAAGACUUUCAUUCAGGAUGUUGAGCUGAAGACGAAAAUUGCUAAAUCCAGACCUCACUCUGAAUGGCUGCAGGAAAAGAUCACAAUGGAUGAGAUUCGAAACGCUGACAAGUUGUCAUCUCCAUCCAACGGCCACACUAACGGUAACGGAUAUGAUCAAUCUCAAAAAGGAAUAUUUGAUCCACGUUUGGCUUUGUUUGGUUACACCACCGAAACUGUUAACAUGCUGCUUGUCCCUAUGUUCAACACCAAAAAAGAGGCUCUUGGCUCCAUGGGAAACGACGCCCCAUUAGCUUGUCUUUCUGAAUUCCAGCCACUUCCUUAUGAAUAUUUCAAACAACUUUUUGCCCAAGUUACAAAUCCCCCAAUCGAUCCAUUCCGUGAGAAAGUCGUUAUGUCAAUGCAAUGUCCAGUUGGCCCCGAAGGCAAUCUAUUGAAACCCUCAGCAAAACAGGUUCAUCGCAUUUGGCUACCAAACCCAAUCUUAAGCAUUCCAGAUACCGACUUGCUCAAGAGAAACACUCAUCGCGGUUGGAAAACCAAAGUUUUGGAUAUUACAUUCCCAUUUGAAGAGGGCGUAGAAGGAUACAUUAAUUGUAUUGAUCGCAUUUGCCGUGAAGGCCGAAUUGCUGCUGAAAAAGGAUAUCAGCUAUUAGUUGUUUCUGAUAGAAAUGCUGGUGGAGGACGGGCUCCUGUUUCCGCUCUACUUGCUUUAGGUGCUUUGCAUCAUCAUCUAAUUGAAACUUUACACCGAAUGAAAGUUGGUAUUAUUGUCGAGACUGCAGAAGCUAGAGAAGUUCAUCAUAUUUGCGUGCUUUUGGGCUAUGGUGCUGAUGCCAUAUGUCCUUAUCUAGCAUUUGAGUUGGCACUCUCACUCCGUAAUGACGGUGUUAUAAGUCCCGAUGUGUCUGAUAAGCAAAUUUAUGCAGCCUAUGCUCAAGCUAUUGACACUGGUAUUGCUAAAGUUAUGGCCAAAAUGGGCAUUAGUACAUUGCAAUCGUACAAAAGUGCUCAGAUAUUCGAGGCUGUUGGAUUGGGCAAAGAUUUGAUUGAUCGCUGCUUCCGUGGAACUCACAGUCGCAUUGGCGGAGUUACUUUGGAAAUUAUGGCAACCGAAGGUCUAGAUCGUUUCCAAAUGACUUACUGCAAAGUUUCGCCAGACACUCGUAUUCUCCGUAAUCCUGGUAAUUACCAUUGGCGACAUGGUGGCGAGAGCCACAUCAAUGAACCUGCAUCAAUUGCUAGCCUACAAGAAGCUGCUGUUAGCAAGAAUCAGAGUGCAUUUGAGGCUUUCAGGGAGUCAACUUUGAAAAGUGUCAAGAAAUGCACACUCCGUGGACAGCUUGAAUUUGUCACAGACAAGCAGAGUAUUGAUAUAUCCGAGGUGGAACCAGCCAGUGAGAUUGUUAAAAGGUUCGCUACUGGUGCCAUGAGUUUUGGUAGUAUUUCUUUGGAGGCUCAUCAAACCCUUGCCGUUACAAUGAAUAAAAUUGGAGGAAAGAGUAACACUGGUGAAGGUGGUGAAGACGCAGAUCGUUAUCUAAAUCAAGAUCCCGACUACAACAGACGGUCAGCUAUUAAACAAGUUGCUUCUGGUCGUUUUGGAGUAACAGCUUCAUACUUGGCAAACGCCGAUGAUUUGCAAAUCAAAAUGGCCCAAGGAGCCAAGCCCGGUGAGGGAGGCGAGUUGCCAGGCUACAAGGUCACCAAAGACAUUGCUUACACUCGUCACUCAGUACCCGGAGUUGGACUCAUUUCUCCACCACCUCAUCACGAUAUUUAUUCCAUUGAAGACUUGGCAGAGCUUAUUUACGAUCUUAAAUGCUCAAAUCCCAAGGCCAGAAUAAGCGUUAAGCUUGUAUCUGAAGUUGGAGUGGGUGUUGUAGCCGCUGGGGUUGCCAAGGGAAAAGCUGAACAUGUUGUUAUUUCUGGUCAUGAUGGUGGAACUGGUGCCAGUUCAUGGACUGGAAUCAAAAAUGCUGGCCUACCAUGGGAAUUGGGUAUUGCUGAAACACAUCAAGUUCUUGUUUUAAAUAAUCUACGAUCAAGAGUUGUUGUUCAAGCUGAUGGACAAUUGAGAACUGGAUUUGAUGUUGUUGUUGCUGCAUUAUUGGGAGCUGAUGAAUUUGGUUUUAGUACUGCUCCAUUGAUUGUUAUGGGUUGUACCAUGAUGAGAAAAUGCCAUUUGAACACUUGUCCUGUUGGAAUUGCCACUCAAGAUCCCGAAUUGAGAAAGAAAUUCACAGGAAAACCAGAGCAUGUAAUCAAUUUCUUCUUCAUGUUAGCUGAAGAUAUUCGUCGAAUUAUGGCUAACCUUGGCAUCCGUAAAUUCCAAGAUCUUAUUGGUCGCACAGACUUACUUAAAGUUAGCGAUAAAUUGGCACUCAAAGCUUCAAUGUUAGAUUUGUCAACUUUAUUACAAGAUGCAACUAAACUUAGACCAGGUGUCAAUAUUGUUGGAGGAUCAGUUGCCCAAGAUUUCGGUUUGGAAAAUCGAUUAGACAACAAAGUAAUCGAAAAGGCACAAGGCGUGUUGAAUGGAAGCGAAAGCACAGUUGAAUUUGUUUCAACCAUUCACAAUGAAGAACGAGCUUUUGCAUCGACUUUGAGUUAUCACAUCGCUUGCAAAUAUGGAGAAGCAGGACUUCCAGAAGGACGAAGCAUUAAUAUCAUGUUAGAAGGCUCUGCGGGACAGAGUUUCUGUGCGUUCCUAGCAAAGGGUGUGAAUGUAACUCUCACCGGAGACUCUAAUGAUUACGUUGGCAAAGGUUUGUGCGGAGGUACAAUCGUCAUCAAACCACCAGCAUCAGUUCCAUUUGAAUCACACUUGAAUGUAAUCGUUGGUAAUGUCUGUUUGUACGGUGCUACCGAUGGUAAAGCAUUCUUCCGAGGAAUUGCAGCUGAACGUUUUUGUGUGCGUAAUUCUGGUGUUACAGCAGUUGUUGAGGGUGUUGGUGAUCACGGAUGUGAGUACAUGACUGGAGGAACAGUAUUAAUUCUUGGUCUAACUGGUCGAAACUUUGCCGCUGGUAUGUCCGGUGGCAUAGCUUAUGUCUAUGACAUUGAUGGAUCAUUUAAACCAAAGGUUAAUGCCGAAUCCGUUGAACUUCUUUCAUUGGAACUGGAAAAGGAUGUGUCAUUAGUCAAACAACUGCUGCAAGAAUUUAUUGAUAAAACUGGUUCCUUAGUUGCUGGAGAAAUUCUUGCUAACUGGGCUGAAUAUCAAAGUAAAUUUGUCAAGGUAUUCCCAUACGAAUACCAAAAGGCUCUCAAAGACAUUGAAGAAGAAAAAUUAGCUGAAAAAGUCAACAAAGAAGUCAAGGCUAUCGAAAAUGGAACCAAUGGCAAACAUGAACCAUCAGUCAAGGAUAUUGAAGAAGCUAUACAAGAUAUUGCAUUGGAACAAAAGCGAGCUGAUCGAAUUCUAGACAAAACUAGAGGCUUUAUUAAAUAUAAACGUGAAACCGGCAUUUAUCGUGAUGCUACAGAAAGACAAAAAGAUUGGAAUGAAGUGUACAAUUUCCCACAUGUGCGAAAGAAUUUGAAAGUUCAAGCCGCUCGUUGUAUGGAAUGUGGUGUACCAUUUUGUCAAUCGAAUAGUCAUGGUUGUCCGCUGGGAAAUAUUAUUCCCAAAUGGAAUGAUUUGAUUUUCCAUGGCGAAUGGAAAGAAGCUCUCAGGCAAUUAUUGCAAACCAAUAAUUUCCCAGAGUUUACCGGUAGAGUUUGUCCAGCUCCAUGUGAAGGAGCAUGUGUUUUAGGAAUCUCCGAGCCAGCAGUUACGAUUAAGAAUAUUGAAUGUUCAAUUAUUGAUCAUGCAUUUGAAAAUGGUUGGAUUAAGCCAGAAAUUCCAUCAAAACGAUUUGGAAAGCGAGUUGCUAUUAUUGGAUCUGGUCCAUCUGGUUUGGCGGCAGCACAGCAAUUGAAUAGAGCUGGUCAUUUGGUUACUGUAUUCGAAAGAAACGACAGAGUCGGAGGUCUUCUACAGUAUGGUAUUCCAACAAUGAAAUUGUCCAAAGAUGUUGUUAAACGGCGAGUAGAUCUGAUGGCAGCUGAAGGUAUUGAGUUUAAGACAGGAGUUCAUGUUGGAAAAGAUAUUAAAGCUGAACUUUUGCUAAAUGAAUACGAUGCAGUCCUUAUAACAACUGGUGCAACAUGGCCACGUGAUUUGCCCUUACCCAACCGAGAUCUUAAAGGCAUACAUUUCGCAAUGGAAUUUUUGGAAGCUCAACAAAAGAAACAACUUGGUGGUAAAAAGGAAAUUAUCUCAGCUGAAGGCAAAGAUGUUAUAAUUAUUGGUGGCGGUGACACUGGAUGUGAUUGCAUAGCAACUUCAUUGCGUCAAGGUGCCAAGAGUAUAACAACAUUCGAAAUUCUUCCAGAACCUCCAAAGUCUCGUGCAAACGACAAUCCAUGGCCACAAUGGCCUAAAGUAUUCAGAGUUGACUAUGGCCAUGAGGAAGUGCGAGUUAAAUUUGGAAACGACCCUCGUCAGUAUUCAACAACAACAAAGGAAUUUGUUGGUAAAGACGGUCACAUUGCCUCAGUUAACACUGUCCAAGUUCAAUGGAAUAAGUCACCAACCGGCCAAUGGGUAAUGGAAAAUGUAAAAGGCUCCGAGAAAGUUUACCCAGCUGAUUUGAUUCUACUGGCCAUGGGAUUCCUUGGACCUGAAAAGACAGUUCCCAAUGAACUUGGUCUCGAACUUGACCCACGAGGCAAUAUUAAAGCAGUUAAUGGUACCUAUGGAACCUCAAAUCCAAAAGUAUUUGCAGCUGGAGAUUGCCGAAGAGGACAAUCAUUAGUAGUGUGGGCAAUAUCUGAGGGCCGACAAGCAGCACGUCAAGUGGACUCGUACCUGCUGGGCCAUCCAAGCACCUUGCCCGGUCCAGGCGGCGUUAUUGAGUCAACCAGAAUAGUCUAAAUUUAUCCUCUCUCAUUUUAUCACACUCAACCAUAAUCAAAUUUAUUAAAAUGUUAAUUUAGUAGAUCUAGAAAUAAACAUUUGGCUAUAAUAUUUA